AUGGAGGCAGGAUGUGAUCCUCUCAUCUCAACCCAGCGCAGCAAACUGCAGCAGCGGAGAGCUAAACUCAACCAGCAGAUCAACCGAGAGCUUCGUCUGCGGACCGGAGCUGAAAAUCUCUACAGAGAGAUAGUCAGUGUUCCCAUGAUUCCACUGGGGUUGAAAGAAACUAAAGAGAUUGACAUGACCGUCCCUCUUCAGGAUUUUAUUAGUGAACAUUACGGUGAGGAUGCAUCUCUGUACCUGAAUGAGAUCCGGGAUUUUAUGGAACUAAGACAGGCCAUGCGAACUCCCAGCAGGAACGAGACGGGACAGGAGCUGCUGAUGGAAUAUUACAACCAGCUCUAUUUCCUGGAUCAGCGCUUCUUUUCACCGCACAGAAGUCUGGGAAUUCACUUUCACUGGUACGACUCACUGACCGGCGUGCCUUCAGUUCAGAGAGAGCUGGCGUUCGAGAAAGGGAGCGUUUUGUUCAACAUCGGAUCACUUUAUACUCAAAUCGGAGCCAGACAAGAUCGCUCGACACUGACUGGCAUUCAGAGCGCUAUCGAUGCUUUCCAGAGGGCGGCGGGUGUGUUUCUCUACCUGCAGGAGAAUUUCUCUCAUGCGCCCAGUCUUGAUAUGAGCAGCCCUGCGCUGAGCAUACUGGUCCGUCUCAUGGUAGCUCAGGUUCAGGAGUGUGUGUGUGAGAAGGUCAUAAUCAACAUGCAGGACAACAACAUGAAUGUGCUUCUGCAAGCCGCCAAGGAGGCAGCGAGGGUAUCAGACGUGUAUUCUCUGGUUCUUCAGGCGAUGUCAGUGCCGUUACUGAAGGACUAUGUUCCUUUCUCCUGGAUCUCUAUGGUUCAGGUCAAAACGCAUCAUUUCAGAGCGCUGGCUCACUACUACACAGCUGCGGCACUGUGUGACAGUUCAGGUAUGCCUGAUGAAGAUGACGAUGAAGGUCGAGAGAUUAAAGCUCUCAUACAGAUUCACACCAGACGACCAGACAAACUCGAUCUCCAAGAUCCGGAGCACAAACGGAGACUCGGUAAAGCUCAUCUACGUAAAGCCAUCGUACGUCACGAGGAAGCCCUGCGUCUUCACGCGGAGGUCGUUCACGCGCUGAAGAGCUGCACAGAGAGAGGACCAGAGCUGGACGUCAUCACUCUACAGUCACACGAGGUUGAAAGGAGGACGAAUGUCUCGCCUACCGGCGAGAAAGAGUGUCAGUCGGGCAGCCAGAGGAAAGCGGGCCGGGAAUACGAGCGCGGAUCCUCGUCUCUGUGGAACUGGAGCUUGAGGAGCGGCGGCGUCACCAAGAGACUCGGAAGCACAUUCAGUCUUUCCUUCGGUAACUUCAGAGAGAGCGAAUCCAUGUUCUGAAAGCACACGAGGAAAAGAAAGGAA